AAAAAUUUAAUAAUUUUCAUCUCUUGUGAAAUUUUCAUAUUUAAGAAAAAAAAUAUAAUUUAAAGACCCAAAUUGCAUAUUAAAACAAAACUCCAACUUCAUAUCUAAUAAUUUAAUACCAAAUAAUUUCAGAUGACAGCUACAAUCUUACAUCAAAUAAUUUUUCCAUAUGCACGUCUAAACGGGUGAUUAAAAAGUCCGCUGGAAAGUGAAACAAGAGGAGAAAAAACGCCAAAGGUGGAAGAACAGUUCCCGUGGGCCCCAAACUAAAGUGGGAACCUUAUCCCCAGACACAGAAAUACCCCACGACGUCGUUUCAUGCUAGCUGAGAGCUGUAGUAAAUGAUGCUAUUUCGUGCCCUGAAGAAAUAAUGGUGAUUGAGAUAUGACAUUGUCCUAAUAUUCACAAGAAACCCGCACAUUUUUACUUUUUCAUCGGAUAGAUAGAUCCACAGCACCUCUUAAAUUUGAUCCCCCACCCCCCCAAAAAAAAAAAAAAACCUGUUCAUUGUUGUGAUGGCUGCUGUGAACUUGAAGGUGGUACCAUUCCCAAUUGAAGUUCCCAGUACGAUGAGGAAAGGAGUGCAGAAGGUGAGGACGAUGAGUAACAGCGGAUCGGCAGGAGGAGUACCGAAGUAUAAGGGGACGCAGAUGAGGGAGAAGCAGCUGACGGAAAUGAUAGAGAAGAAAGUGAAGGAAGCUAAAGAGGUUUGCGGGGAAGACGCAAGGUCUGCAGAGUGCAAGGUGGCGUGGGAUGAGGUGGAAGAAGUUAGCCAGGCUAAGGCUCAUCUGCGCAUCAAGCUUCAGCUCAAUGAAGAUCCUCUUGAACCUUACUGUCAAGAUCACCCUGAGACUGAGGAGUGCCGCACCUAUGAAGAUUAAUUAAUUAAUUAAUUGUAAUAUGUUGAGUUGCUUUGUUGUACUCAAUUAUCGAUCUAUUGUAUUUCUCUCAUCUCCCGCUGCAAAAAGUUUACUGCUAAAUAAAUGGAAGGUCGAACCUUUCCCUGCUUA